GGUCUCCUUGGGCCCUUCUCCUGCCUCUUGCCCGCAGUCUGGCGGGGCAGACGGGGUCACUCGGCCCGUCCGGAGAUCUCGGAGCCGGGAAUCUAGCCCCCUCCCCUGCGGGAAACUGAGGCCCAGCGAGUCGCCGAGCUGGGAGGGGUCCCAGGGGUCCUGGUUCUAUCGUUUGGGUCACUAGGCCACGUGCUCUGGCCUCCUCCCACUCCCAGCACCGCCUGGAAUCGCCCCCCGCGCAUCCCGGCACCCGCUCAGCUGCUCCUGGCCCCGGCGACAGGCCAGCGCCUGGCUGCCUUGUGACAUCAGAAAGCCCAUCCGGCUAAGCACCAGGGCCCGGGCUAAAAUGGCCAGAUUAGUUUUCCACGGGAGCUUGAGGGCUGCAGGCCAGGCCAGCACCUUGGGGGGGCCCCCCGGGAAGGGAGUGCAGCGGGGGAACGGUCUGUGCCCUGGAAGAUGGGACUCUGCCAGGCCCGGCUUCCUAAAACUGCCAAGCCUCUGAAUCCUGAACUGCAGGGUCAACAGAAGGCGUUUGGCUCCAGGAGGAAAACCGUGCAUAUUUGCUAGCAGCACUUUAGCUUGGCUGGGAUGUAGGGAGAAGACGCUGGUCCGGGGUGUACCCUGAUCUCACUGCAAUAGGGAUGCUGGAUGUUGGCUUGGAGGGAGCAUUGGGGGGUGAAACCCACCAGCCCGGCCUCGCCACCUGGAAUCCAGCUCCCGUGGAGAUGCUGAAGUCGCAAAUCAUCAUCUUCGUGAUAGGAGGCCCAGGCUCCGGCAAAGGGACACAGUGCGAGAGGCUGGCUGCCAAGUACCAGUUCCAGCACCUGGGCAUGGGGAACCUGCUGCGGGCGGAAGCCAGCGAGCCCACACGCCAGGGGCGACAAAUCAAGGACAUCAUGCUGAAAGGAGCGCUCGUGCCUUCCGGCUUCGUCCUCGACCUGCUGAACGAGAACCUGCUGCAGAGAGAGGAGGCGAAGGGUUUCCUGGUCAACGGCUUCCCCCGGGAGCUCAACCAGGCUAAGGACUUUGAGCGCGUGGUGGGGCGUCCUCCCAACUUCGUGAUCGUCUUGGACUGCUCGACGGAGACCAUGAUCCAGCGGCUGCUGCUGCGGGGCCAGACCGGCCAUCGGGCCGACGACCACGAGAGCUGCAUCCGCCAGCGGCUGGAGACUCACUACUCGCUGUGCGAGCCCGUCAUCAGCUACUACCAACAGAAGAACCUGCUCAGAAACAUUAUUGGUGAGGAGCCGGAAGACGCCAUCUUCGCAAAGUGCUGCUCCGUCAUCGACAGCCUCCGCUAGGCCAGGUGCCUGGUGCCCUGCGGCUGGGAUGGUGUUCAAAUAAAAGCUCUGCUACACCAGGCAGCCCUCUGCACCUGCCCCACCCCAUGGGGCUCAGGUUAGGGCGUGAGCACCCUCUGCUGGCCCACAGCGGACACCGCAUGCAGGUCCCUUCCCCGUCCCCAGCCAGGCAGCCGCAGGAUGUAGUUACACAAGCAGCCAAGGUGCCUAGCGCGGCAGGGGCCCAGCUGCACAGAAGCGGCCUGCAGGAAUCCAGGGCCUUGCAGACAAGGAAAGUAUCUGACCCAGGCAGGGGAGCCAGGCAAGAUGGGUCUGGCCUAGGGCAGAGAGCGAAUGACUCCGGGCCCCUCCUUACCCCAGGGGAGGGGAGAUGGCCACAGCUCCACCUCCCUGGCUGCUUUGAGUUGGGCAAACACCUGCUCUGCCGUCUAGUGCACCCAGUUCCCUCACCAGCCUCCUGGCCUAACCCCUAACUCCCUACGCAGUAGCUCCAGGAACAUCCUUUUGCUGGACCCCCCACCCCCGAAUCAGCCCUCCGCCUUUCCACAUCAGCCCCCUUCAGAGGAGCAGGGCUGCAUGACACAAGACAGCUGGGCUGGAGAGCGGGGAGGGUUCUUCUGAGGGGACAAGGAGCAUCCAUCAAAACACUGAGUUUACCACCAAAAGUCCUUUGGUUUUUCCAAUACAUGACUUCAAACCCAGCUACAUGUGAGUGAGGAGAGCCCCAGCCAGGCCCCAGCUUUGGACAGAGGUCAGCUUUUGAAAGAAACACACUGUCCACACAACACACACGGGUCACACAAAGCUGAGUCUUAAAAGCCAACAGCAAGGGGGAGGGGGAGAGAGAGAGACUCAGCACAAAUCACAGGUUAAGGGGAAAAAAUAUAUAUAUAUACCAGCAACAGGUUGGUCUGCCUGUGGGCAGAGUGCCUGGGGAGAGCUGGAAUGCAAGGCCCCAUGAGGAGAACAGUUCUCCUGCCCGGGCAAGGGUUCAUUCUCCCUCCCUGGGAGACUCACUCCACUCCAGGGGGGGAUUUAGCUACUAGGGGCUUGGCAAAAACCCCACAUCUGCAUCAGUCUGAAAUUGGGCUUUAUGCCAAACUCUCCCCUCAGCUGCUCCUGAAGCUGGCUGGGCAGAACAGGGAGGCUAGCAGAGGUGACACAGGAACUGCUUCCCCUGCGUCACCCCAAGCAGGGGACUGUCCAGUGGGCGGAUGGGAAAGAACCUUUCCAAAGCUGCUUUUGAUAGCCAGCGCUCUCCAGCCCUCGCUGUAUGGGAGCAGUGUCUUACCUGGACCCUCCAGAGCAAGUCGGGGAAGCAAUGGGUCCCCCUCACACUCGUCUGCUUGGACAACCUCCUGCACGAGCCGGAGAGUCCGAGCCAAGGGAGGUUCAUCUGUCCGUAAGCAGAGGAGGGUCCAGUGCUUAGGGCAUCAGCCUAGGACUGGGGAAACCAGGUGCAAGGUCUGACCCCUGAGGAAUCUGGCAAGUCACAGUCUGCCUCCAGUGGGGAUCAGAGCUGCCCUGCUGCCCAGGGGGGUGUAGGGACUAACAGGGGUGAGCAGGAGGUAUUCAGGUACUACACAGAUAGGGCCAGCUAAGGCCUUACCUAGGCAGGUCCAUUCCCACUGCAUCAGAGGUGAAACUACAGCCCCUUGGGAUUGCUCAGAGACCAGAGGUAUUGAAUGGGCCGAGCACAGCGCCACUGGUUCCUCAGAACAGGCAGCAGAAGCGUUUCCUUACCCCAUGAGGUAACCUCAGCUCGACAGGCCAGAUACCCCACUGAGGGGCACCGGCAUAAAGCCCCCCGUAACAGACAGUACCCAGGGCGCACCGUAUCGCCAGUUGCUCGGUUUGGAAACAGUGCAGCAGAGUUGGUUUCAAAACAAAAAGAGCAUUUUAUUUAACAAAGCACAAUUGCCUGCUCAAACUAUAAAAAAAAACCACAGGAGCUCCUAGUUCAUCAGGUUUUACAACAGCUAUAUCAUGAGAACAAUCCGCUUCAAAACCCUAUGGACAGACAGACGCCACCCAGCAGACACAGGCAGGUUUUGUUAUCAUUUAUUUGUGAAGUUAAAAACAAGCGGUAAAAAGUAAAAACUGAGCGUACAAUUUUGUUUGUUUCAGUUUCCUCUUGAACAGACAAAAUACAUGACAGACCAGUCCCAAUUGUGGGAAAAUGGGAGGGGGAAAGGGGUUGUUUUAUCUGAAACACCGACACCUUAUUCGAGGAAUGUUCCAACUCUAACUAAAAAGCAGAGUGAUUUUUUUU